AUGAUUCUAUUAAAAUCCAAUGUCAUUGGAAAUCGUGAAUCUUACAAACUGGCUAAAUUAAACUCCAAUGCCGUUAAUAAUCGAAUUGCUUAUGAUGGUCCCAUUCUGGGUCAACGACACGUUCAAGUGGUAUUAUUGUCCCUUUGCACAGUUGUGAGUUUUAUUGUCCGACUUAGUGUGAGUAUAUCAGUAGUAGCCAUGACGAAUGCAAAAGCAACAAAUCCAGAUUUUCCGGAAUACAAAUGGAGUGAAAUGGAGAAGUCCUACGUACUGUCCAGUUUCUUUGUCGGUUACUUUAUAACCCAAUUUCCAGGAGGCUUAAUAUGCAAUCGUUUUGGUGUUAAAAAAGUACUGUUUUUAUCAUUUUUUGGCUCUUCUGUGCUUAGCAUACUGGUUCCACUCACCAUAGACUGGGGCGGUUGGCAGAUAUAUUGUGCUAUACGUUUAGUCCAGGGUCUAUUACAGGGUCCACUUUUCCCCUGUUUACUUCAACAUUUAGCUGUUUGGUGUCCAACUAAUGAACGUAAUCGUUUGGGAGCUAUUACCUAUACAGCUAUUGAUAUUGGUAUAGUGUUGGGCAUUUAUACGAGUAGUAUUAUAGCGGCUUCGUCAAUGGGUUGGCCCGGUAUUUCGUAUGUGUCAUGUGCUCUUGGUUUAAUUCUAACUGUGCCAUGGCUUAUAUUUGCCUCUAAUUCACCAAAUACAUGUAGAUUUAUAUCACAAGCUGAAAUAAAUUAUAUAAACGAGGCGAAAACUGCUUUAAUGGAACAAGAUGUUAAUGCUGUAUACGAAACAAUACCAGUACCUUGGAAAGCUAUUUUAGGUUCGGUGCCAUUUUGGGCAUUAUUAAUAACCAGAGCCGGCUGUGCCUGGGGCAAUGCAACGAUACAGACGGAAAUUCCUUCUUAUAUGAAUUCAGUCUUAGACAUGGAUAUAAAAGGUAAUGCCUUAUUUUAUGCUUUACCCUUCCUGACACAGUGGAUUAUGUCAAACGUUUAUAUAAUUUUGGAAAAUAUUCUUAUGAAACGACGUCUUUUAACACUUAAUGCGCUGAGAAAAACUUUCAAUUCCCUGGCUUUCUGGAUACCAGCUGGUGGUCUCUUAUUACUGGGAUUUCUGGACAAAGAUCAGAAAAUCUUUGGCAUUAUUUUGAUGAUCUGCAGUUUAGGUAUUUUUACGGGCGCUACUAUAGGUAGCGCUCUCAAUGCUAUUGAUUUGUCUCCCAACCAUGUGGGUAUUUUGAUGGGUAUUAUUAAUACCACUUCCAAUAUAGUGUCCUUUGUAGUGCCCCUGUUUGUGGGUCUCAUUGUUGAGGAUGUGACUAAUCGGAACGAAUGGCAAACUGUGUUUAGCAUUUCAGCCGCCAUUUUUGGUUUAACAAAUCUAUUAUAUAUUAUCUACGGUUCGACGAACAUACAGCCAUGGGAUCAUGCAAAUUAUCACCUAUUAAAAGAAAAGGUUUAAAUAUUAAGAAGUAGUUUAAGAUUUAGAUGAAAUUUGUAUAUAAUUUGUUGUUUAAUAAUUAAUAUUGUAAAUAAAGUUUAUUUUUUU